GCCCAGGCCCAGGCAGCCAGGCGGCAGCUGUGGACUCGUCCACCUCCCUGCAGCUCCAUUGGCGCUGGCCCGGCAUGGGUGGGCUCAUUGGCUGUCCCGCUGGCACUGGCAUCCCCUCGGAGCCUGGUGGCAGCCGGAGGUAAACAGCCACAUGCAAUCCUCCACUCUAUAUUUAACAGCUGCUGCGGGGAAGCAGGCAGCGGCAGCCGGGCCGGCCCUUGCCUUUGGGGAGAAGGCCCUCGGAGUGCGAGCCGGGCUGGCACUGGCCUGCUCAGGGUGAGCGAGGUCACCAUGCCAGCUUCCCAGAGCCGGGCCCGCGCCCGGGACCGCAGCAAUGUCCUCAACAGGGCUGAGUUCCUGUCCCUGAACCAGCCCCCCAAGGGCACCCCAGAGCCCCGGGGCUCUGGCAGGAAGGCCUCGGGGCCCUCGGCGCAGCCCCCACCCGCAGGCGACGGGGCCCGAGAGCGGCGCCAGUCUCAGCAGCUGCCCGAGGAGGACUGCAUGCAGCUGAACCCCUCCUUCAAGGGCAUCGCCUUCAACUCCCUGCUGGCCAUCGACAUCUGCAUGUCCAAGCGGCUGGGGGUAUGUGCUGGCCGGGCUGCGUCCUGGGGCAGUGCCCGCUCCAUGGUCAAGCUCAUUGGCAUCACCGGCCAUGGCAUCCCCUGGAUUGGGGGUACCAUCCUCUGCCUGGUGAAGAGCAGCACGCUGGCCGGCCAGGAGGUGCUCAUGAACCUGCUCCUGGCUCUGCUCCUGGACAUCAUGACAGUGGCCGGGGUGCAGAAGCUCAUCAAGCGGCGCGGCCCAUUCGAGACGAGCCCCAGCCUGCUGGACUACCUCACCAUGGACAUCUACGCCUUCCCCGCUGGGCACGCCAGCCGUGCCGCCAUGGUGUCCAAGUUCUUCCUCAGCCACCUGGUGCUGGCAGUGCCCCUGCGCAUCCUGCUGGUGCUCUGGGCCUUCUGUGUGGGCCUGUCCCGCGUGAUGAUCGGACGACACCACAUCACGGAUGUCCUCUCGGGCUUCGUCAUCGGCUACUUCCAGUUCCGCCUGGUGGAGCUGGUCUGGAUGUCCUCCAACACCUGCCAGAUGCUCAUCUCUGUCUGGUGACCCACCUGCUUGCCAGCCUGCCCACGGCCUGGGGCGUGGGGUGGCCGGGAGAGUGGCAGGAGGCAGGGUGGGUAUGCAGGGAAGCAGGUGGCCCCAGUCACGGCUGCCUCGCCUCCAGGUCCCCUCCUGGUUGGAGCUAGCAGUCUCAGGCUGGCCCCGUGACUGGCAUGUUCUCAAUGCCAUGCCUCUGGCCCCUUUUCCUGGACUCAGAUGCCCUCUCCAGGCGGCCGGGGACUGCCUGUGCGGUGGCCCUGCUUGGCCGCCACUCGGGGGACACAGGUGGGAACAGUCACGGCAGCAGGACGGGCGCGGUCUCGUCCUCUCACCGUCAUGACUGUUUAGGGCUGGGCGGUGCCCACCACGCCACAGCACGAUGCCCAGCGACUUCCCCCAAGCCCCGCAGUGCAGGUGGCAUUGCCAUUAACGGUCAUCGAUAGCUUGGGGCAGCACUUUCCCGAGGGUGCCCGCAGGACGCCCGCCGCCGGCGCUCCAGGGGAAGAGGGUGUUGUGGUCCAAUACCUUUGGGAAGUGCUGCGCGCUCCGCCUGUAGGGCUCCGGGAGUCCUGCUCAACCUCGCGAAGCCAUGUUUCCUCAACUUACUGGACCACAGGACCCUUUUCCUGAGGGACAGCUAUUGACCCCAGGAACGGCACUGCCCGCGAGCCGGAGGGCCUGAGGUGCGAGCUGGCCUCCCCGAGGCCCGACCCAGAGCCUGGGGAGACCUGGAGCCCGCGCCCUCAGAGAGCCUGGUCCUGGCCCAGGGGCAUCCGUGUGGCUUUGGCCCCCAGGGGCCGGACUCUGUGAGACCUAAUAGGUCGUUUCCUGUCCACCGUAGUGAUGUGCAUAAACGUGACAAUACAGAUGACAUGCAAACGGA